AUGUCUAAAUAUGCUCAUACGAUUAAUUCCUUUUGUACAAAGUCUGAAAAAUGUACGAAUGAAAUUCGAUUAGAAAAUUUUGGUUUACUCCGUCGUAUGUAUUCAAAUUAUUUAACGACAGAAAUUUAUGAACAUUGGAAUUGGUCAUGGUCUUAUAUGGUUCAACCAACAUAUCAAGAAUCAAAAUUUCGUAUUGUUGUACAGUUCAAUAAUUUACCAUUAACUCCGGGACAUCUACUUGCUUUCAAAGCAAUUUUAUUCAGAAAAAACAGUCAGACAACAAAGUCAAGUGAAUGUAUUUGUUUAAAAGAACAUUUAUGGUUAACCGAAAAUUUAAAUAUUCUGGAAGUAUGUUCACUUGAUGAACUUGAUCAAUUUAUUUAUAAAGAUACUUUACGUAUCGUGGUAAUUGUCAGACAUGAUUGGCUUGUUAAAGAAUUACAAACUGAUGAACAAAUCUUAUCAAUUACUUCCAAUGCAUAUUUGUCAGAUAGUAAAAUCGAUAAUUGCAAUACGAAAUAUCUAGAAGAUAUGAAAUCGAUUGUUAAUCAAAUUGAAACAAGUGAUAUCACAAUACGAUGCCGUAACCAAACCUAUAAAUGUCAUCGUGUUAUAUUAUCAGCACGUUCAUCAUACUUUCAUUCAUUGUUCAAUUCAAACUUUAGUGAAAAAUUUCAAAAUGAAAUCGAUCUUAGUUCGUUUCUUACCAAUGACAAUGAUUUCGAUCUUCUACAUUCAUAUGUAUAUAAAGCUGAAAUAAAUUUAACAUUAGAUAAUAUAUUGCAAUAUAUUCAAUUAAGUGAUAAAUUUCUUUUGGAUGAUUUAUACGAAUUAUGUGAACAAUUCUUAUUGAAUGAUAAUCAUAUAAAUGAAAGCAAUGUUUGGAAUAUUCUUGAUAUUUAUAAUACAAUAGGACGAAAAAUAUCUUUAAAUAUACAAGAGAAAUGUUUUCAUGUACUAAAAAAUAAUCGUCAUUUAAUUAAUGAAGAAUGUCAUGAUUUACUUAAACGACAUCCUCAUUUAUCUAUUGAACUUGUAAAAUAUUUUGUAUAG